AUGCUGGUGGAGCUUGAUCUGCCGCAGUGGGUGCAGAAGAUCGAUGCUGUUGUGCCGCUGGAGGUGCUCGGCCGGUUCUAUGCGCGCGAGGGCAAAACCGAUUUUGCCGUGGAUAUGCUGCUACGCUCUACACUCCAGGCCAUCGGGAUGCUCAUGCAGCCCGCAGCAGGUGAAAAGAAUGCUUCACUUGGUCCGCUGACGAUAUUCACAGGAGCGCAACUGAUGAACAAUAUGUCGGAUCUCGUGGUCCGGGGCCCUCCGCCUACCAACCUCAAGUUCGCCGAGUCAUGGGCACGCCAGGCGCAAGGCGUUAUCGAGAAGACGUGUACGCUUCCUGGUGUACAGCAAGACGUGGAGAACUUCAUGACACUCUGCGAGCAGACCCUCCCUGCUGUACUCUACGACUUGGGUGCGCUCCUGGAGAGUUCAAUCAAGAGCGCAAAGCAGUCGUUCCAGGAGAGCUUGGAGCAGUCGAAGCGUGUCGGGAUGCAUUCCGGCACGAUGGAAGCGCGAUCGGCCCUCCGAAGGCUGGAGCGUGCAACGAAGAUCGAGUUAGGCGACUAG